UGCCGCGAACCGUAAAUGUUUCGUUGUCCGUUUGGCGCUCAGUUUGACAUUUGCACGCGCUUACGCCGGUCGCGCAAACCGAAAGCUCAGACCUGGCUGCUGCAGGUCGCAGCGAAACGAAACGGAAAGCUGAAACUGGAACACAAACAAAUACACACAGAGAGAAGACAGAAGAGAAAAUUGAAAUGAAAUAGAAUAGAAACAGCACAGACCUAGACAGACCCAGAGGCAAAAACCAAGUGUUUUUUUUUAUACUAAAAGUAUGAAUAAUUUGCAAUACAAAUAAUCGUGUAAAAAAAAAAAACGAAGCUGACAAAAUGCGAAAUAUAAAAAAUCUUAAAGAUCCCACCUUUUGUGUGGUGAUAAUGUUCUGGUGGUUGCUCUGCUCUUGGUGCUUGUCAUCGUCGCUUGUAUCAGCAACAACAACUUUGCCAAAGGUCAGCUGCACAGAUCACGACACAAAGAUCACCUGUGAUUGCAACAACGAUGAUCAGGCCCUGGUCUUGCCACAACUACGAGGAGCCGUUUAUCAAAUCGAGAUACGUAAUUGUCGUGAUCUCACCGUUGAAUCAAAUGCCUUGGAUAAUACAGAAGGUCUGCGUACGAUAAGUUUUCACAAUUUGAAUCGUUUGGUGCUCAACAAAAAUGCAUUGAGCGUGUCCCGUUAUGCCAGCAACAAGGCAUUGAUUGUGGAAUUCGAGAAUGUCAACUUUCAGUUGAUCGAUUCGCAUGCCAUCAGUGGCAACAUUGAGGAGAUCUCAUUUUUGGGUGGACGCAUCGAACAGAUGCAACCAUUUGGUUUUACCACCACCAAAGACAGUGCCAUAUUGCUCAAACUGGAUGGUGUAACUAUACAGCGUAUCGAGAAUCAGGCCUUUAAAAAGUUUGCUGUCGAUCAAAUGAUCAUUGCCAAUUGUAAAUUUACUGGAGAUGUGCCGUCACGCGCCUUUUACGAGCUGGAGGUGCUCAAUGAGCUGAGCAUGCGCAACAAUCAGUUUCAGGAGGUGCACUCACAUGCCUUCUCCUUUAAGCUAAUCUCCAAACUGAGCCUGAGUGACAAUCACUUUGUUGCCGUUGAUGGCGAAUGGUUAGAGGCACAAAUUCGAGAUGCAAUCACGUUGCGUGGCAAUAAAUUUGGUGCCACAAGUGAUAUUGCAUUUCGCAGCUUGAAAGUCCAUCGGGAUUAUCAGUUGAGUGAACGCCUGGAGUUGCGUUUUCACAACAAUACGGUGCAGAGUCUGUUGCCCAAUGCCAACAAUAUUGCCAGUGUGCCACAAAAUGAGGCGCCACCACAACCGUUGCGAUUCGAUGAACGCUUCGCGUUGAGCAUACGCCAACUGCACUAUGAGAAUGUCUGGAACUGUGAUCAAUUGGACAUGAAUCAACAGCCACCUUUGCCACGUGCCGAGUUCUUUCGCCUCCAUGCGGAUCAAUUGCUCUUUAGUCAAUCUACAGUGGAUCGUCGUGAUGUUGUGGUUGCACCACAAUAUGUGCCAUUGCGUCUACUGAUUACAGAACAAUGUCAGAGAACCAGCUACGUUGCCUACAUUGUGGUUGGGAGCGUUAUUCUCGCUCUCCUUCUUCUGUUCCUGCUGUUGCUUCUGUGGUGUCGCUUGGCUCAACGACGACGUCGUCGUAAAUUGGAUGUGGUGCAGCCGGAACCACGCACCUACAAGGAGACACAGAUUGUAUACCAAAUCGAGAACGCUGGCCUGCUCAAGACUGAUCUGUAGUUCUACACACACAACACACACACACAACCAAAACAUGAUACAGCUGAAAGACGCUAGAAAAAAUAAAAACAAGGAAAAAUCAGAGCGGGACCAUUAGAAACUACAAGCAGCACCACCACCACCAAGAACCACCAAGAGUGACCUUUCGUUGUACCAAAUUCAUAGCAUACGUUUAAUUUAGUCGCUACUAUAUAUUAUAUAAUAUGUAAUCUAAUCUGUAACUAUGUAAAGUAUAUAAGCUGUAAAUAAUACAAAAUAUAAAC